CAUUGGGGGGAUAUCUGUCCCGUCCUGACAUUUGGGGGAUAUCUGUCCCGUCCUGACAUUUGGGGGGAUAUCUGUACCGUCCUGACAUUUGGGGGAUAUCUGUACCGUCCUGACAUUUGGGGGAUAUCUGUCCCGUCCUGACAUUUGGGGGAUAUCUGUACCGUCCUGACAUUUGGGGGAUAUCUGUACCGUCCUGACAUUUGGGGGAUAUCUGUACCGUCCUGACAUUUGGGGGA